GGGUCUUGUGUAAGCGUUACCGAGUGUUUUUGAGGGCUGACGACACCGUUUGACACGCUGUUAUAUGAACUUAGUGCGCAUGUUGUUGUUUCUGAAGUUGCCCGAAUAAUACAUUUAUUUAUCUGACGCGUUUAUUGGUUGACGAAGGCUUUAUAAGAAGCUAUUUUUUUUAUUAUUUCUGUCGUUGUUUAUGUUGAGAACACUUAAUUGCAUAAACAUGAUGAACAGGACUUUAUCGAGAAAACUUCUGGUCUCCAUGUGUGGGGUCUCCAACCCUCGACUGAGCUUCGCUCAAAGCGCCGUCAACACUGUGCAGAGGCAGAAAGAGUUGAUCAAAAGUAGGGAACUGGAAAAGGAUGAACUGAGGCCGCUGUAUAUGGACUUUCAGGCCACCACACCCAUGGACCCAAGGGUUUUGGAUGCCAUGCUCCCCUAUCAAGUCAAUUACUACGGGAACCCACAUUCCAGGACUCACGCUUAUGGAUGGGAGAGCGAGAGUGCAAUGGAAAAAGCGAGAAAGCAAGUAGCAGAUCUUAUUGGUGCCGACCCGAGGGAGAUUGUGUUCACCAGUGGUGCGACUGAGUCCAACAAUAUGUCAAUCAAAGGUGUGGCUCGGUUUUAUAAGGCUAAGAAAAACCACAUUGUUACCACCCAGACCGAACACAAGUGUGUGCUGGACUCCUGCCGAAUUAUGGAGGCAGAGGGUUUUGAUGUAACAUACUUACCUGUGAAAAAUAAUGGACUGAUUGAUUUGAAGGUAAGCUUUCUGAAAGAGGAAACUUCCAAUUUCAGCACCAACCAGAAUAGCAAAAAUAAUUACAUGCUCGGAUAGAUUGC